AUGGCCAAGACCUUUUUGUUCACCAGUGAAUCCGUCGGCGAAGGCCACCCAGACAAGAUCUGUGACCAAGUCUCGGAUGCGAUCUUGGACGCUUGUUUGCGUGAAGACCCAUUGUCCAAGGUUGCGUGUGAAACCGCUGCCAAGACCGGUAUGAUCAUGGUUUUCGGUGAAAUCACCACCAAGGCCCAGUUGGACUACCAAAAAAUCGUCAGAGACACCAUCAAGCACAUCGGUUACGACUCCUCCGAUAAGGGUUUCGACUACAAGACCUGUAACGUGCUGGUGGCCAUCGAACAGCAAUCUCCAGAUAUCGCUCAGGGUUUGCACUACGAACAGGCCAUCGAAGAGCUAGGUGCCGGUGACCAGGGUAUCAUGUUCGGUUACGCUACCGAUGAAACCCCAGAAUUGCUGCCAUUGACCAUCUUGUUGGCCCACAAGCUCAACCUUGCCUUGGCCGAUGCCCGCAGAGACGGCUCUUUGCCAUGGGUUAGACCAGACACCAAGACUCAGGUCACCGUCGAAUACAAAGAAGAAAACGGCCGUUGGAUUCCUUUGAGAAUCGACACUGUUGUUGUCUCUUUGCAACACGCCGAAGAAAUCUCUACUGAAGACCUAAGAAAAGACGUCCAAAAGCACAUUGUUGAAAAGGUGUGUCCCGCUGACAUGUUGGACGAAAACACCAAAUACUACAUCCAGCCUUCCGGUAGAUUCGUCAUCGGUGGCCCUCAAGGUGAUGCCGGUUUGACCGGUAGAAAGAUUAUCGUCGACGCUUACGGUGGUGCCUCUGCUGUCGGUGGUGGUGCCUUCUCCGGUAAGGACUACUCCAAGGUCGACCGUUCUGCUGCUUACGCUGCCAGAUGGGUUGCCAAGUCCUUGGUCAACGCUGGUCUCUGUAAGAGAAUCCAAGUGCAAUUCUCGUACGCCAUCGGUAUUGCCGAACCAUUGUCGCUUCACGUCGACACCUACGGUACCGCCACCAAAUCGGACGAGGAAAUCAUCGAAAUCAUCAAGAAGAACUUCGACCUAAGACCUGGUGUCUUGGUCAGAGAAUUGGAUUUGGCUAGACCAAUCUACUUCCCAACCGCCUCUUACGGUCACUUCACCAACCAGGAGUACCCAUGGGAAAAGCCUAAGGAGUUGAAAUUGUAA